UCCUCCUGGACUCUGGUGGACACCAUGAACUACGUGGGCCAGCUGGCGGGCCAGGUGCUGGUGACGGUGAAGGAGCUGUAUAAGGGGAUUAAUCAGGCCACUCUGUCGGGCUGCAUCGACGUGAUCGUGGUGCGACAGCCUGAUGGGACCUUCCAGUGCUCCCCGUUCCACGUGCGCUUCGGGAAACUGGGCGUCCUCCGCUCCAGGGAGAAAGUGAUCGAUAUAGAAGUCAACGGAGAAUCUGUUGAGUUGCACAUGAAGCUCGGAGACAACGGAGAGGCGUUCUUUGUCCAGGAGACUGAAAAGCACAAUGAGAUCGUCCCGGCCCACCUGGUGACCUCGCCGAUCACCACAGAAGCGCCUCUGUUCAGGUGCAGAGAGCCCAGAAACGGAGGCUCGUCGGCAGAGAGCAGUCAGCCUCUAAAUCCAGAAGAAGCGGCGUCUGGAAACCUGCAGACCUGCUCCAACACGGGCGGCAAGAAGAAGAAGAGACGCAGGAGGAAGCACAAGGCCGAGCACCGGAAAGAGGAGCAAACAACACCUGCUGGAGAGCUGGAUCUGUGUGAGCUCAGUUCAGACGAGGAGCCCAACGCACACAAUGGACGGGCCUCUUCGCUCGCCACCACCACCACCAAGGACAACACGGAGCACAGGCAGCAUUCCCCGCUCACCACGCUGGAAUGGGACAGCUACCCGUUCUCAGAUGGAGACUGGUCGCCCUGCAUCGCAAGGGAAAUGUCCGAGCCGAUGUCGCCCAAGAGUGACUCGGAGCUGUUGGUGAACCCUGCAGAGAGCAUGCUCAGAGCUGAUUCACACAUGCAGUGGACCUGGGGAGAGUUUCCAGAAUCCACAAGGGUGAAUAAAAAAGACAAGUCGAAGACGUUGACCAUCACUCCCUCAGAGAACACACACUUCAGGGUCAUCUUAAGCUCCGAGGCGAUGGAGGAAGAAUCCAUGGAGAGAAAGAGAACCACCGAUCCCGUCUGCAGCAUCGUCAAACCAGAACCUCGGACCAUCAAACCGGAUCAGAGCGGCUGCACCCCGAAGCCUCCGAAAGCUUCACCUCAGUCCGACACGAGCAUCACUCCGCCUCCGCCGCCGCCUCCGCACCCCCACCUCUCAGACCUGAGCUUUUCACCCGAGCCGUGUCUCGGUGAUUCUGGCGUCAGCUGUAAAGCGGUGAGGAAGACCAGGUGGACUUCUUCGCCGCCGAGCCGCAGGGAAAGUCUGACGGUUGCCGGCGGAGGCGGAGGCAGCGACGAAGCGGCCGGAGACUCAGCGGCGGUUUGUCAGGAUGUGAGAGGUUCAACCAAACCCACCGACUCCCCCGCCAAGAGGAGAGGUGUGAGGAAGAGGAGCCAACAUCAAGGACCUGAAGAUAUUUACCUCGAUGAUCUGAACGCACUCGAGCCGGAUGUCGUUGCUCGGUAUUUCCCGAAAAGUGAGUCCGAGCAGGUUCCUAAGCACUGGGUGGAGAGCGGGAGACGCUCUGGAUCCCAGUCUCCCCAGUCGGUGGGGAGCGCGGCGGCAGACAGCGGCACCGAGUGUCUGUCCGACUCUGCCGGAGACCUGCCCGACGUCACGCUGUCACUCUGCGGAGGAGUGGGAGAGAAUUCAGAGAUCUCUAAAGAGAAAUUCAUGGAGCACAUCAUCACCUACAAUGAAUUCGCAGAGAAUCCGGCGAUUAUCGACAAUCCCAAUCUGGUGGUUAGGAUUUCAAACAGAUAUUACAACUGGACGCUGGCGGCACCGUUGAUCCUUUGUAUGCAGGCUUUUCAGAAGAACCUGCCAAAGGCUACAGAGGAGGCCUGGGUGAAGGAGAAAAUGCCAAAGAAGUCCGGACGUUGGUGGUUCUGGAGGAAGAGCAGCGUGAAGCAGUCAUCAUCAGAGACAAAGUUAGAGAGGCAGGAGUCCCUGAACAGAGAGAGUCCAGCCCUCCACCAGGCCCCAGAAACACAGCAGAAAACAUCUGAGUGGUCGAGCGACGACGAGACCAAAGAGCUGAACGCUGUUGCACCUGCUCUGACGCCUACUGAGCGCGUGCAGAAAGAGGCUCCGGCUCCGGCUCCGUGUCCCGCCUACAAGAAGUCACUGCGCCUGUCGUCUGACCAGAUAGCCAGCCUGAAGUUGAGGGAGGGGCCGAACGACGUCACCUUCAGCAUCACCACCCAAUACCAGGGGACGUGUCGCUGCGAGGGAACCAUCUACCUCUGGAACUGGGACGAUAAAGUCAUCAUCUCCGACAUCGACGGCACCAUCACCAAAUCAGACGUGUUCGGUCAGAUUCUUCCUCAGCUCGGGAAAGACUGGACUCAUCAAGGAAUAGCGAAACUUUACCACUCAGUGCACGAGAACGGCUACAAGUUCUUAUACUGUUCGGCUCGAGCUAUCGGCAUGGCUGACAUGACCCGAGGAUAUUUACACUGGGUGAACGACCGAGGGACUCUUCUGCCUCAAGGGCCCCUCAUGCUUUCUCCGAGCAGCCUCUUCUCUGCCUUCCACAGAGAGAUCAUAGAAAAGAAGCCGGAGAAGUUCAAGAUCGAAUGUCUGACGGACAUUAAGAACCUGUUCCUCCCUAACAAACAUCCUUUCUACGCCGCCUUCGGAAACAGAGCAAGUGACGUAUUUGCCUAUAAGCAGGUGGGUGUGCCUGUGUGUCGGAUAUUCACCGUGAACCCAAAGGGCGAGUUAAUCCUCGAGCAAGCCAAGGGCAAUAAAACAUCAUACAGCCGGCUGAGCGAGCUGGUGGAGCAUGUGUUUCCUUUACGGAGCUCCCAACACAACGCAACCUUCAGCUGCCCCGAGUUCAGCUCCUUCUGUUACUGGAGGCAACCGAUCCCGGAGGUCUGCUUUGAGGAGCUGCUUUAA